AUGCUACGCAACGGUGCGUCGCGCCUCGCGCUGAGGUCGGUAGCUGCACCCAAAUCGGCACGACCAGCUGCAAACUUCACUCGCACAACACCUCAACUUCAAUGGACAACACAAUUCGGUUCCUUGGCUGCAAGGAGACCACAACUAGCGCAAGCGACCGCAGCGCAACUGAAGCCGGCUUCUGCCAUCUUGCGCCGCAGCCUUGCCGAUAAGACGUUAACGGAAGGGCAGAAGCAGGCAGAGAGCAGAUAUGCAAGGGAAGAGAUUAAGCCCACACCAGAGACUGUGUCUAGCACCAGUUCGACGCAUCCCAUGUUCUCUGAGAUUGGGGCAGAGCAGCCGCAGAAUGAGGUGGAUAUGAUGGCGGGAGUCAGGCACGACGUGGACACCAUCAAAGACACCUUCUCCCUCGCCGAAGUUCCUCGAGAAGCAUACUACAUGGGUCUUGCCGGCACACUUCCCUACCUUGCAACCUCCAUCUCCACCGUCUAUUUAUCCUGGGAACUGAACCACAGCAAUGCGGGCUAUGGUAUGAUCUUCUCUGAAAAGGACGCUACAUACCUCCUCUCCCUCGUCGAGCCUCUGCAAAUCGGUUACGGAGCAUCCAUCCUGAGCUUCCUCGGUGCCAUCCACUGGGGACUUGAGUGGGCAGGUUACGGAGGUUACCAGGGCUACAAGCGUUACGCUAUCGGUGUUGUGGCACCCAUGGUAGCUUGGGGGACAUUGCUCAUGCCCAUUGAGGGCGCACUGAUUUCGCAAUUCCUGGGUUUCGUCGCGUUGUACUAUGUUGAUACUCGCGCAUCUCGUCUGGGCUGGACACCUAAUUGGUACGCCGUGUACCGCUUCGUUCUUACCAUGAUUGUUGGUGCCAGUAUCGUCCUUAGCCUCAUCGGCCGCAGCGAGCUACCCGAGCACAUUCCCGGCGCCACCGACAGAGCCAAGGUCUUUAAGGGUGAGGGUUCGUCUGAGGAGAAGCUAGCUGAGCACGAAGAGGCGGCUGCGGAGAAGAAGAAGCACGCUGCGCGCAGCGAUGACAGGGGCACGAAAUAA